AUGCCAGCCCACAAGCAUAAUCGUCACCACCGGACACGUGAAGAUGAACACAACAAUAAUCUACUCGUAGAACAGCAGGAUAACCACCACCAACAGCAGAAUGGUGGGGUGAUCGGCGGGGGUGGACAAGGACAGGGCCCUAACGACAACCAAACACCUAAUAGCCUUGUUCGCUGUUGUGUGCCCACAGGCUGCAGCGAUAUUACUGAAUUCAUCGACCCUUCCGAUCCGUGCGACUCUGUCAAAGUUGUGUGCAACAAUGAAAACUGUGCAGUCGGUUCCUGGAUGCAUCGAUUUUGUUUUGAAAGCUGGGAGCAAGGCGUGCUGGCCUACCUGCGGUCUUGUGGCCGGGCCCGCAGCUGGAGCGAAAAACAGCGACUUCAGAAUCUGUGGACCAAGAAGGGUUACGACCUGGCCUUCAAGGCAUGUGAUUGUAAGUGCAGCCGGGGUCAUCUGCGUAAAGACCUCGACUACAUCCCUCCAACACAGAAUGACAACGCUAACAGCACGAAGAAGGGUCGCAAAAACAAGAAAAAGAACGACAAACCGGUAGCCGUGAUGACAAGCAAGGUUGGCAUGAAUCCUAACAACCACAAUGGAAACAACCACGGCGGGACUAACAGUUGCAGUAAUAAUGGUGCCGGUCGGCCUCGGACAAGUAGUGUAAGUACUGGUUCCAGCCCUCCGAACUCUUAUCUCUCCUGUUCUCCGGCAACUCCUGUUGGGUCUCCGUCAUCAACGUCCAAUUUGAAUGCUCAGUCCCAGAAGAAAAAUAUUAAAUGCGACAAUGCAGUUGAUCCGAUGGGAACCGGCCAGAGCCUUCAAAAUCAAACAGGUGCCACGAAUGGUGUUAGUUUAUUCAAACGCCGGAGCGAUCUGUCUGCUUUUAAAAACCUUCCCCGUUACAAACAGAACCCGUAUUACAUCAAGAUGGAGGAUGAAGGGUCUCAUGGCAACGACGACACUCGACUCUUUGUGUUAUCCACUUUGAGUAGCCACAAGAUGGGAUCGUUACCAUGUGUCCUAUGUAAGUGUGAACUGCCUGUCUUCGAUCGCUACCCGCUUAUCGACGGAACCCUUUUCUUGUCACCCCAGAGUUACCUUCAGCAAUCUGGGUCGGGUAAAGAAAAUAACAGUAGCAACAACCAUCUGGGAAGUGGCGACCACAAGCAAGUUCAAAUUGAUUUCGACGGUAAACUUCAGUACCUUAAUGCCGUGUGUAUUUGCUGUUUAGAAGGGAGAACCGAUGUACGGUGUUCGUUUUGUAAGAAACGAUGGGAUGGCAGUACUUUGUUGCUGGGAACUAUGUAUUCGUACGAUAUAUUUGCAGCCAUGCCCUGUUGUCCGAAACGACUGACCUGCAAAUAUUGCCGAAGGGCUGUAGUAGAUGUCACCGCGGGUCUUCCUUAUUACAGCGAAUACAGCCACAGAAUACAAUGCCCCUAUUGUAAAGUUAAAGACUAUCACUUCAUAAGACCCCUAUAUGAAACGUUCUUCGUUAAAAACCCUAUAUGGAACGAAAAGGAUAAGUAA